AAAAAAUAUCAUUCAAAUACACCCCCUAUAGAUGGGUUAUUUCAGCAUGGCCCAAUAGGAAAACAGAUCGGAGCAGAAGCGCAUUUACGUGAAUUUGUGCUUACAACAAAUCAUAUAGAGGUGCAUUUCGGGAGUUAGGGUUUUCCUCAGCCGCCGUAGCCGCCACAACCACCAGCAGCACCACCACCACCACCAACGAAGCAAUGGUUCUCAAGACUGAACUCUGCCGAUUCAGUGGCGCAAAGAUCUACCCAGGAAGAGGCAUCAGAUUUAUUCGUAGUGACUCACAGGUUUUUCUAUUUGUGAACUCGAAAUGUAAGAGGUAUUUCCACAACCGUUUGAAGCCUUCAAAGCUCACAUGGACUGCCAUGUACAGAAAGCAACACAAGAAGGACAUUGCCCAAGAAGCUGUGAAGAAGAGACGCCGUGCUACCAAGAAGCCAUACUCUAGGUCCAUUGUAGGUGCCACUUUGGAAGUCAUUCAGAAGAAAAGAGCUGAGAAGCCUGAAGUUCGAGAUGCCGCCAGGGAAGCUGCUCUGCGUGAAAUCAAAGAGAGGAUUAAGAAAACAAAGGAUGAGAAGAAAGCCAAGAAAGCAGAAGUAGCAUCUAAGGCACAAAAAUCUGGCAAAGGCAAUGUUCAGAAAGGUGGUUUGCCCAAGGGUCCUAAAUUGGGCGGUGGCGGCGGUAAACGCUGAUCAGUUCCAAUUUUGGCUACAAAUUAAAUACUUUUUGGUUGAAUCUUUUGUAUCAAUAUUUUAUUUGCUUGUUUAGCCUUUGUUGCCUAAUUACCAGACUUAUUUUGGAGCUUCAGACAGUAGUUGGUUACUGAAUGCAUUUUGCUAGUGGUUCUUUA